CGUGGCGGAAGUGGCGGCAUCAUGGCGGAGAUCAUCCAGGAGCGCAUAGAAGACCGCAUUCCCGAGUUGGAACAGCUGGAGCGCGUUGGGCUGUUCAGUCAUGCGGAGAUUAAGGCAAUCAUCAGGAAGGCAUCUGACCUGGAGUAUAAAAUACAGAGAAGAACCCUUUUUAAGGAAGACUUCAUCAAUUAUGUUCAAUAUGAAAUUAAUCUAUUGGAGCUGAUCCAGAGAAGAAGAACACGCAUAAAGUACUCCUUUAAGAGGGAUGAGAUUGAAAAUUCUAUUGUCCACCGGGUACAAGGAGUCUUCCGACGGGCUUCAGCAAAGUGGAAGGAUGAUGUUCAACUUUGGCUGUCCUAUGUAGUUUUUUGUAAAAAAUGGGCGACCAAGGAGCAGCUGAGCAAAGUGUUCUCUGCCAUGUUGGCCAUUCAUUCAAACAAGCCAGCUUUGUGGAUUAUGGCAGCCAAAUGGGAAAUGGAAGACCGUUUAUCUUCAGAAAGUGCGAGACAGUUGUUUCUGCGGGCUCUGCGCUUUCAUCCUGAGUGCCCAAAGCUUUAUCAAGAAUACUUUAGGAUGGAGUUGAUGCAUGCCGAGAAACUGAGGAAGGAAAAGCAAGAACUGGAAAAAGCAGAUAUGGAUGACCUGAGACAUUUUGAUUAUCCUCAAGAAAUACUUACAGGAGAAUUGGCACGGAUCAUCUACAAAAAUUCUGUAAGCGUAAUUAAAGGUGCAGAGUUCCACGUGUCGUUGCUUUCAAUUGCACAGCUGUUUGACUUUGCCAAAGAUCUACAGAAAGAGAUUUAUAACGACCUUCAGACACUGCACACAGAUGACCCACUGACUUGGGAUUAUGUAGCGCGACGGGAAUUAGAGAUUGAGUCAAAGCCAGGAGAAGAACAGCCCACAGCGAAGUCAGCCAAAGCUGCAGAGAUGGGCCAGAGGGAAGACAGGUGCAGUGCAGUCUACGAGGAGGCUGUGAAGACGCUGCCUACAGAGGCCAUGUGGAAAUGUUAUAUCAACUUUUGCUUGGAAAGAUUUUCUAAGAAGACAAGCAGUGUGUUUCUCCGAGAGAAGAGGCUGGAAAGAACCAUGGCUGCCUUCAGGACGGCACAUGGACUCAAGCUGCUGUCAGAAUCCCAGUACAAGCAGUGGAUUGAGUUGUUGUUGCACCGUAAGUUGUUCAGGGAAGCACUGGAAGUAGCAGUAGCCGGGACGGAAUUGUUGAAGGACUCUGGGACCAUGUGGCAGAUGAGGCUACAGGUGCUGAUCGACUCGGAGAACCCUGCUGUGGCCGAGCUUGUUGAAGAAGCCUUUCUGCAUCUGAAACCCCAGGCCUGUGUCCCGUUGUGGGUAUCUUGGGCAGAGUGGAGUGAAGGUGCCAAAAGCCAAGAGGACACUGAAGCAGUCUUUAAGAAAGCUGUCUCAGCUGUCAUGGGUCCUGACUCGGUACCUCUAAAGGAGAAGUACCUAGAUUGGGCUUAUCGAAGUGGCGGCUACAAGAAGGCCAGAGCUGUGUUUAAAAGUUUACAGGAAAACCGUCCAUUUUCAGUUGAUUUUUUCAGGAAAAUGAUCCAGUUUGAAAAGGAGCAAGAAUCCUGCAAGAUGGCAAAUUUAAGAGAGUUUUAUGAGAGAGCUUUGAGAGAGUUUGGAUCUACAGAUUCUGAUCUUUGGAUGGAUUACAUCAAGGAGGAAUUGAAGCACCCUCUUGGCAGACCUGAGAACUGUGGACAGAUCUAUUGGCGGGCCAUGAAAAUGUUGCAGGGGGAGUCUGCAGAGUUGUUUGUAGCUAAGCACGCCAUGCACCAGGCUGGCCAUUAGUGAUGAUGUCACAGCCAGUUUUGUGAUGUCAUACUUGAAACUCCCUGGGCAGACUGCAUUGUGAAUCUGCCUGUAACAUGUUCACAGUGGCAGACAGGAUGAUCUUGAGACAUGUUUUAAGUUUUUAUGUAUUUGUUUUUGAUUCCAGAAAAGAGAACUGCUGGUUUCAUGAUUAUUUGUUGAAAUCAGACCUACCAUAGGUCUGAUUUA